UAACGUUGGGUAGGUCUCAUUAGCAUAUGAAGAUGGCUGCACCUAAAACCUCCAUCCCUUCCUUAGCCGAAUGUCAGUGCGGGAUCUGUAUGGAAAUCCUCCUAGAGCCUGUUACCCUGCCUUGCAACCACACGCUCUGUAACCCAUGCUUCCAGUCCACUGUUGAAAAGGCCAAUCUAUGCUGUCCCUUCUGUCGUCGCCGGGUCUCUUCGUGGACUCGGUACCAUACCCGAAGAAAUUCUCUGGUCAAUACAGACUUGUGGGAGAUUAUUCAAAAACACUAUGCAAAGGAAUGCAAGCUUAGAAUCUCUGGACAAGAAUCUAAGGAAAUCAUUGAUGAGUACCAGCCAGUUCGUCUGCUCAGUGAACCUGGGGAGUUGAGGCGAGAAUAUGAAGAGGAGAUAAGCAAGGUGGAGGCUGAGCGACAAGCCAGCAAGGAAGAGGAAAACAAAGCCAGUGAGGAGUACAUACAGAGAUUGUUGGCCGAGGAGGAGGAGGAGGAGAAAAGACAGAGAGAAAAAAGAAGAAGUGAGAUGGAAGAACAACUGAGAGGCGAUGAAGAACUGGCUAGGAGCCUGAGCACUAGUAUUAACAGUAACUACGAGAGAAAUACCUUGGCUUCUCCUUUGAGUUCCAGAAAAUCAGAUCCAGUCACAAACAAGUCCCAGAAGAAAAAUACAAAUAAACAGAAAAACUUUGGAGAUAUUGAAAAAUAUCUGUCACCUAAGUUGAAGCCUGGGACCUCCUUGACAUGUAAGGCUGAGCUUGAGGAAGACAUCUGCAAGUCUAAGGAAACUGAUAGGAGUGACGCGAAGAGCCCUGUGUUGCAAGACACAGAAAUUGAAAAAAAUAUGCCAACACUUUCUCCUCAGACCUUCCUGGAAACUCAAGAACAAGGUUCGGAGUCUUCUGCAGGGAUACCUGGGCCACAGUUCUGUGUAGGAGACUCUGAAGAGUCCCUUGAGGGAAAAGUUGAAACAGUAUCAACCAGUCCUGAUGAUUUGUGUAUUGUAAAUGAUGAUGGACCUAGAGCCACAGUUUUUUACUCUAAUGAAGCUGCAGUUACCCCUUCUAGCAAAAUAGAAAAUGAAGAAUACUCUGUGACAGGUGUGCCCCAGUUACCUGCGAGCAACAGAGCUCCAACAGAGAGGAGGGUGUAUCACUUACUAGUUGAAGAAGAGAUUUCCGACAGAGAAAACCAGGAAUCUGUAUUUGAAGAAGUCAUGGAUCCAUGUUUUUCUGCAAAAAGAAGGAAAAUAUUCAUCGAAUCCUCCUCAGAUCAAGAAAAAACAGAAGUGAAUUUUACACAAAAACUGAUAGAUUUGGAACGUAUGCUUUUUGAGAGACAUAAGCAAGAGGAGCAGGACAGAUUGUUAGCAUUACAACUUCAGAAAGAGGUAGAUAAAGAGCAAACGGUGCCAAACCGGCAGAAAGGAUCCCCAGAUCAGUACCAGCUACGCACACCCUCACCCCCAGACAGGCUGCUGAAUAGACAGAGGAAGAAUUCCAAAGAUAGGAACUCCCUACAGCAAACUAAUGCAGAUCAUUCAAAAUCUCAGAGGAACACAAAAGCUGACUAUUGGGAACCCUUUAAAAACACCUGGAAGGAUUCAGUUAAUGGAGCAAAGAUGCCAACUUCUACUCAAGAUAAUUGUAAUGUAUCUAAAAGUGCCUAUACCGUACAGCAUAGAAAGUCCCAGAGAAGCAUUGUUCAAAUGUUUCAGAGAUAACCAAGCAAAGCAUGGGGAAAGAGUUCUAUAAUCCAGAAACGAUGUAUUGCAAAGCUAGCUCUUCUGUCAUAAUAUCCUGAGAUGUCUCACAUUCUGCUCAGCAAGCUUGCUUACUCUCUUUGAGGUUUGGUUACAAAGGAAGAAUUUACAAAUGUGUUUCUGCAAAAGACGGCUAUUAGGAAACAACCUUGAGAAUUUUUUCCAUUGUCAAUAACUGCUGUGUUUUAAGUGUGACAUCUUUACAGGUAUAAAAACACCUUGGUCAAUACAUCUUCAGGUGCCACUUCCCUUUCCAAAACUUUUAUGGCCUUUUUUUUUUCCCCCUUUUCUUUUUUAAACGAAUGGGUAGGGAGUCCACACAAGUAUUUUCCAUAACACUAAUUAGUUCCCUUCAUAGUUUUAAUUCUAAGCAUUUUAGCAUUUCCUUUGAAUUAAAAAGGUCGCAAGUUCAAAUCCCAGCAACCACAUGAUGGCUCACAACCAUCCAUAAUGAGAUCUGAUGUCCUCUUCUGGGGUGUCUGAAGACAGCUACAGUGUACUUACAUAUAAUAAAUAAAUCUUAAAAAAAAAAAAAGUAUCAACAUCAAUUAGUUACAGAAUAGCUGCUAGAUUUUUUUUUUUUUAAGAUUUUAUUUAAAAAAAAAAAAAA